AUGACCAAAGGCGCGGUCAACGGCGUGUACGACGAUGGCACGCAUCGCAUCAAGCACCCCCAGCCUGUCCUAGAUGAUCUCGUGCCCGAACACCGCGACCGCAGCUCGUCGCUGUCGGGCGCCAGCACCCUUUACCGCCCAACGACUUCGACAUUUGCACUUUCACAACCCAACGGCCACUAUGGAGAGGGCAGCGACUCCGACGACGAAUCCGGUCUGCACAUGCCCGCCGCCAACGGCCACCGACGAGGCAAACCGCUCAUGUCACGUGCGAAGAGUGAUUUCGGUCAGGGCACGUCACGACCGCGAGGGAAGAGUGCGAAUGCGGAGGAGGAGGAGCUGAACAUGCGCCAUGGCUGGCACACACAGCUGGAGAGCGAGGAGCAGACCCGCAACCUCUCCGAGAACUUCUUCAUGUACUAUGAGGAUAAACGGCACGAGACCGCCGGCAAUCUGGCCCCCGACUUCGAUCCUAAGAGCAUGGUUAAGGAAUGGCGGAUGAAGGAUCGGCUCAAGACCGUGUCGGCGUUGCUGGCGGUGUGUCUGAACGUGGGCGUGGAUCCGCCGGAUGUGAUCAAGACCAACCCGUGUGCGAGGCUGGAGUGUUGGGUGGAUCCAGUCCCGGCCGACAGCUCUAACCAGAGCUCAAAUACCAACGCUCAGAUCGGCAAGAAUCUGCAGUCUCAGUACGAAAACCUCUCUCUCAGGACCAGAUAUAAGGUCAUCUUGGAUCCAACCAUCGAGGAGCUGAAGAAGUACACCACGUCGCUUAGAAGGACGGCGCAUUCGGAACGGAUUCUGUUUCACUACAACGGCCACGGCGUACCGAAGCCGACGCAGAGUGGCGAGGUGUGGUGCUUCAACCGCAGCUACACCCAAUACAUUCCGAUCAGUCUGGUAGAUUUGCAAGAGUGGGUUGGUGCUCCUGGAUUGUGGGUCUGGGACUGUAGUGCAGCUGCUGGCAUCAUCAACGGAUUUCUCGAAGGCGCUCAGAAGCACAACGUUGCCCAACAAGAUGCUUUGAAGCGUGAUCCAAACCGGGCGCAACAGCAACCUCUGGUCAAGUGGGAAGACUGCAUCCACCUCGCAGCCUGUCGCGAGAAUGAAGUCUUACCGACGAAUCCAGAUCUACCAGCGGACCUCUUUACUUCAUGUCUGACCACGCCAAUCCCGAUGGCGGUCGGCUUUUUCAUUCUACAAAACCCUCUAACAUCGACAUCCGGCGUCACACUCGCACAAGCUCGAAACAUUCCCGGCAAAGUCAGUGAGCGUAGAACGCCACUGGGAGAACUUAACUGGAUCUUCACUGCCAUUACGGAUACCAUAGCUUGGAAUUGCCUCGACAAGCCUCUCUUCAAGAAGCUCUUCCGUCAGGAUUUGAUGGUUGCUGCUCUGUUCAGGAACUUUCUGUUGGCGCAGAGAGUCAUGCGCAUGUACCACUGCCACCCACAAUCAUACCCUGCCAUUCCAGACACCCAUGACCAUCCUUUGUGGAAGAGCUGGGACCUUGCUGUUGAGAUGAUCCUGGCUCAGUUGCCCAGCCUCAUCGAACAACAGAAGGCCAACGAAGCUGCGCUUGAGCAUGUUUCGAGCAGUGGCACUCAGCCUUCGCAGCAGCAACAGUCUCCAGAACUCGAGUAUCAGCAUUCUGACUUCUUCGCCGACCAACUCUCCGCAUUCGAAGUCUACCUCAGUUCAGCUCCCAGCAAUCCAGGCGCUGCUGGGUAUGCGAAACCACCAGAGCAAUUGCCCAUUGUGCUGCAGGUACUGCUGUCACAAGUGCACCGACUUCGAGCACUCGUCCUGUUGUCCAAGUUCCUCGACCUCGGCCCCUGGGCCGUGAACCUCGCGCUUAGUAUUGGCAUCUUCCCUUAUGUGCUGAAGUUGCUCCAGUCCCAAGCGAUCGAGCUCAAAGCACCAAUGGUCUUCAUCUGGGCUCGUAUCCUGGCCGUCGACCAGACCUGUCAGACCGACUUGCUCAAAGACCAAGGCUUUUCAUACUUCAGCAGUAUCCUCGUCUCCACCCAAGGGAUACCAAUGGUCAAUGUGGCCGAGCAUCGGGCUAUGUGCACGUUUGUCAUCGCCAUGUUUUGCAAAGACUUCAAGCAAGGCAAAGCCGCCGUGCUUGAUACUCAUCCCGAGAUUUUCGAGCAAUGCUUGAAUCACCUCAACGAUAUGGAGUAUCCACUUCUUCGACAGUUCAGUCUUCUGUGUCUCGGCAAUCUUUGCCGCGACUAUCCUCCAGCACGAGAGGCACUUAUCGCACAUUCAGGCCACGAGCGGAUAUGCGAUCGCAGUCACGAUCCAGUACCGGAAGUCAGAGUGGCGUGUUUGAACGCGCUCACGAGCUUCAUCGCCACGCAGGACCUCGAGAUGCGGGAUGGUGUAGAGUUGGAGGAAAUGCUAGUGGGUGUCAUCUGCUCCAUGGGCAUGGACGGCUCCAUCAUGGUCCGCAGAGAGCUGACAAUUUUCUACUCUGAAUACGUCAAGAAGUACGAGAAACGGUUCCUGUGUACGGCCUGGGAGCAACUCCAGGAGGAGCAGGACAAGAAACGGGGCAAAGCGCAGGCCGCGGAUGACUUCCUCACGUCAAAUGGUAAUGGCGUUGCCGAUGCGCUGAAUGGUGGCAUCAACGGCAUUCGCACUGGUCACCAACGUAGCGUUUCCGCAUCAACGCCUAGGGGUAACGAGCCCACCUCAGCCUUUGUCAACCCCGGCAAGAGGACAGACUUCUCCAGAGCCACCAUAUAUCGUGCUGUGUGGCGGCAGCUAAUGAGUCUGUCUGCGGACCCGCACCCCGAGGUGUCAAGGAAUGCUGGCGUGAUUGUUGAUUAUGUCCUUAACGCGCUGUUGGAGUCGCCGCUGGACCCUCAUGCAGAAGCUUUGCUUGAUACUGCUCAAGCCCAGUGGCCUGCUAUUGACACUGCUGCAACACCGGCGGGCGAACCUUUAGCACGGCAGCGAUCUCGCGACUUCCGACCCGAAACACCGCCCAGUCCUGUCGCAUCGACAGUGUCGUCAAAGCCAGACGGUUACUUUGCACUCUCACGAACGGCGAGCGUUGCCGCAGCGAUGAAGAAUCUCAUUGGAUGGGGAGCCAGGACUCCGGGCGAAGUAUCGACACCUACAUCACCUACACAUGCUCGCCGUGGUUCUACUUUCAGCACUACGACCACGCCCUACAAGUCACGCCCACUCACACCUGCUGAUGCUGCUCAGCUUCCACCGGAUGCGAUGGACAAUAUCCCGGGUCCGCCACAUCAGCCUGCCGCCAAAAUGCCGCCGACACCCUUCUACAAGGACCGAAACAUGGCCGAGUUGCCUGCGAUUCCAUUAAAGUCGGCGUUCUUUGACUGGUCGGCGUCAUAUUUCCGCGAGCCUCAGAUGAGACCGUCUGAGGGUGACGAGCCGGGGUCGAAAGAUUACAACGAGAGGCUCUGGCGAAGAAACCGCAACGACAAGAUCAUCGCGUCUACUCAGCCGCUCAAGGAGGCAGCUGGUACUGAACGAUGGGAUAAGCCUUGCGGAUGGUUCGGCAUUGGGGCUGCACCGGUCAAGAUGGUCUUUCAUCAAUUCGAGAAUCACCUUGUGACGAGUGACGACAGAGACAGCAUAGCUGUCUGGGACUGGGCAGAGGCAAAACAGCUAAAUCGAUUUAGCAACGGCAAUCCCAAACACAGUCGAGUCACUGAAGUUCGGUUCAUCAACGAGGAUGACACGGCCAUGCUUAUGACUGGAUCAAGCGACGGCAUCAUCAAGGUCUAUCGCAACUACGAAGAUCCGGAUGAGAUUCAGCAUGUAUCCAGCUUCCGAGCUCUGAACGACCUGAUCCCCAGCGAUCGCCAAUCUUCUGGAUUGGUCUUUGACUGGCAACAAGGGCAAGGCCGAGCGCUUGUGGCUGGAGAUGAUCGCGUUGUGCGCGUAUGGCAAGUGGGCCACGAGCUCUGCGUGUCGGACAUUCAGACACGAUCAUCUGCUUGCAUCACCUCCCUCACCUCGGAUCAAGUCGAGGGCAACGUAUUUGUGGCCGGCUUCGGCAAUGGUAGCGUCAAGGUCUUUGAUCAACGGCUGCCGAAAUCUGAUCAGAUGUUGAUGACGUGGAACGAACACAAGUCGUGGAUCGUCGGCGUGCAUCUACAACGUGGCGGCAUGCGUGAGUUGAUCUCAGCGGAGAGCAACGGUGGCAUCCGUCUGUGGGACAUAAGAUAUCGCGGAUCGGUCGACCACUACAACCCCCGUUCAGCUCGCAGUCCUAGGAGUCUGCGCACGCUGUCGGUGCAUGAACACGCCCCGGUCUUUGCCACUGGCGGCAAAGAUCACACGGUGCGAGUGUACUCGACGUCGAACAUCUCCUCGGGCAAGUCCAUCUCCUCGUUCGAACCGUACAUGAGCUUCGUGAGAGGCUUGAACACGCCUCGCAAUGCACCGAUCACUGCGACUGCCUUCCAUCCCCACAGAAUGAUGUUGGCUUGCGGCGCAGUGAAUGACGGGCAUGUCAAUUUGUUCAAAUGCGAUGUGGAGGAGGAAGCGAAGAAGACGGGCGGUGUUGUGGACGAGUACAACCCCAACAAUGAGAAGUGGGCGCCGACGCACUAA